AUGAAGACAUUUCAUAGUGAUGAAUCGAGCGAGUCUCCAUUAUAUGACGUUGAUGAUGAAGAUCCAAAGCGUCAUUGUCUGUUUACAAAAGAAGAUGAUGAAAAGUUGAAAAGUAUCAUUGAAAAAUAUUAUCAGAACGAUUUACGUAAGAUCAAUUGGAGUUUUGUCUCAUUCCAGAUGUCAAACAAGAACAAACGUCAAUGUAAGGACAGAUAUGUCAACUAUCUUCGUGACGGUAUCAACUGUGACAAAUUCAGUCCAGAAGAGAACUAUCUUCUUCGUUGCAAAGUCGACGAGAUUGGUCACAAGUGGCGCAUGAUCUCCAAGUUCUUUGUCAACCGCACCGACAUCAUGAUCAAAGCACAAUAUCGCAAAUUGAUGCGUCGUCAUGCCACGAUAGAAAAUGUGAGAUAUUUAUCAGUAGAUAAGAGAAGAAAAAAGGCCACAAGGGUGACAGGGUGUCGCACAAACGCAAAAAAGACUGAGUCAUCAAAUGUCAUGAGAAAAGAAGAACAAUCAUCCCCUGAUACUAACCAAAUAUUGGAUCUCAGUGCAUUUAUUGAUCCUCUUAUGGACUUUGAAGACAUUGAAGAUUUUGCGUAUUUUUAUGAAUAA